GGACUCCGGACCAGCCACCAUCUUAGAGGAGAGGAGCGGGCUGUGCAGCGGGACGGAGGGGCUUUGGGGUCGGGCUCUGCCGCAGACAGAUACUGGGAACCAGCUCUACUAUUAUUUAUAUACAGAACAUUUUGAUGUCAUGGAGGUACUGUUUUCAAAAGGCCUGCACGUAACUGGCUGAAAAAAAUGGCUCCACAAGAUGACAAUCUCAGCCCUAAUAUGGUCUAAAUGGAGACAGCUUUCAUCUUGACAAUGGCAGCUUGAAGUCUAUUAAAGUCCAAGCAUUUAUUUUGUUUUUAAAAAUUACUGUGCAGUGUGAAACACAGAAAACAAGAAACUGGCUAUAUAGGGGAAGUGGAGAUGCUAAAUACACACAUUGCAGUCAAAUGCACAAGAAAACUGAAAAGUAGGUUACAAAUGGUGUGGGUUUUUAUCAUGAACCGAAUGAGCUCCCAAUGCAGUUCCUCCACUCAGCGUAAGCGAAUGGCUCUUGGAAUUGUCAUUCUUCUACUUGUUGAUGUGAUAUGGGUUGCCUCCUCAGAACUCACUUCAUAUGUUUUUUCGAAAUACGAGAAGCCUUUUUUCAGUACCUUUGCAAAAACGUCCAUGUUUGUUCUAUACCUCUUGGGAUUUAUUGUUUGGAAACCAUGGAGGCAACAGUGUACACGUGGGUUUCGUGGAAGGCAUGCAGCUUUUUUUGCAGAUGCUGAAGGUUAUUUUGCUGCUUGUACAACAGAUAACACUGUAAACAGUUCUUUGAGUGAACCUUUGUAUGUUCCUGUAAAGUUUCAUGACUUACCAAGUGAAAAGAGUGGCAGUGCUAAUAGUGAUACUGAAAAAACUCCCAAAAAGCCUCGUGUAAGGUUCAGUAAUGUUAUGGAGAUUCGACAACUCCCAUCGAGCCAUGCAUUGGAAGCAAAGUUGUCUCGCAUGUCAUAUCCAACUGUUAAGGAGCAGGAAUCAAUAUUAAAAACUGUAGGGAAACUCACUGCAACUCAAGUAGCAAAAAUCAGCUUUUUCUUUUGCUUUGUGUGGUUUUUGGCAAACUUCUCUUAUCAAGAAGCACUCUUACAUGCACAAGUUGCCAUAGUUAAUAUCCUAUCUUCAACCUCUGGACUUUUUACCUUAAUCUUAGCUGCAGUGUUUCCAAGUAACAGUGGAGACCGGUUUACCCUUUCCAAACUGUUAGCUGUCGUUUUAAGCAUUGGCGGUGUAGUACUUGUUAAUCUCUCUGAGUCUGAGAAAGCUCCAGGAAGAGGUACAAUAGGAUCCCUAUGGUCUCUUGUAGGAGCAAUGCUGUAUGCUGUCUAUAUAGUUAUGAUAAAAAGAAAAGUAGACAGAGAAGAUAAGCUUGAUAUACCAAUGUUCUUUGGUUUUGUAGGCCUCUUUAAUCUGCUGCUGCUAUGGCCAGGUUUCUUCCUACUUCAUUAUACUGGAUUCGAGGCCUUUGAGUUUCCCAAUAAAUUGGUAUUGAUGUGCAUUGUCAUUAAUGGCCUUAUUGGAACAGUUCUGUCAGAAUUCCUCUGGCUGUGGGGCUGCUUUCUUACCUCAUCAUUGAUAGGCACACUUGCGCUAAGCCUUACAAUACCUCUGUCCAUAAUAGCUGACAUGUGCAUGCAGAAGGUGCAGUUUUCCUGGUUAUUUUUUGCAGGGGCAAUCCCUGUAUUUUUCUCAUUUUUCAUUGCAACUUUCUUAUGCCAUUAUAACAACUGGGAUCCAGUGAUGGUAGGAAUCAGAAGAAUUUUUGCCUUUAUCUGCAGAAAGCAUCGAAUUCAGAGAAUGCCAGAGGAAAGUGAGCAGUGUGAAAGCCUCAUCCCUAUGCAUAGUGUUUCUCAAGAAGGAGAAAACUGCUGUUCAUAGGCAAUAGUUUCAAGAUGGUUUCAUACUCAGCGAAGAGACAAUCUCCUGGAAAGUCUAUAAGGAACC